UAGACUCCGCAUAAUUAGUAGGUCCACUCUCCGCCGACCUCUUUGAUCUUUGCGGUUCCGUGUUAUUCAUCACUUGUUAUUCUGUCGAACUGUAUGAUUCACUUUGGCUCCUUGACGAAGAAUGUAAUAUAUUUCUAUCGAGAUAGAUUAUAUUAUAUUUUAAUCGAAAUGGAUUAUACAACAGCAAUUGACACAAGUGACACAGGAAAAAGUUCUCACCAGAACGAAUUUGAACAUAAACAAGAAUAUCAGGAUAAAGAUGAUCUGUCCUCGAAGCAACAACAUAUAAAUCAUCAUUCAGUAAAUUUCAAAAAUGCAAAGUGUAUAGAAGACAUUGAGUCUUAUGUGGAAUCUAAGAAGGAACCAUGUAACGGUUUUGUUGUAUUUCCUGACGAACUACUUCUAUUAAUACUAGAAAAAUUAGACGUGAGGUCACUAUGCCGUAUCAGUUGUGUGAACAAAUGCAUCAAUGAUUUAACAAAUAAGUUGUUCUAUAAAUUAUUGAAAUUUCGUAAUAAAUGCUCACACAAGUAUAUGCAUAUCAUUAAUAACAAUUUUGCAUCCAGAUGUAAAUAUUUACGAGAGGUGCAUUUUACCUGUGUAGCUGACAGUCAUUUUAGUUCCCAUUUUGUAAACUUUCUUGAGAUUUGCGGCAGCGGUUUAACACACUUACGAUUAAUACUAUGUAAGAUUGACGAUUUUGCACUACAUAAAAUUUCAACGAUAUGCAAAAAUUUGAGAGUAUUAAAUCUUGCUUUUCGAUUUGGUGGGAGCAAUAAAGGAUUCUUGCAUCUAAAAAACCUUGAAUUUCUAGAGCACUUAAAUCUUAAACGGACAUUUAUAAAGAUUGAAUAUGUUGUUAAAAUAUUAGAAAAAACUCAUCGAUUACGAAGCUUAAUGUUGGACGAAACGCCACCAUUAAAAAUAAACAUACUUGCAGUACAGUUAAAAGAUUUGUGUCCCAACUUAGAAAUGUUAUCUUUUACUGGCUUUAUUACAUCGGACGGUAUUGAUGCUCUUGCUGAAUGUAAAAAUUUACAAAAAAUUCAGAUUGGGAACAUUACAUACCGUUUCAGUUACGAAUGUGAGAAAGGCGCAAUCGAUAAGCAUCACUUGUAUAAAUUAGUCUCAAGACUUUGCUUAGAAAACGAUACAAAUAAAAAGUGCGAGUGACAAUAUUUUAUUAUAAAACAAGUAUGCUUUUGUAUUAUGGCAUGCACUAAAUUUGCAAUUCUCGAGCAGUAUUCUAAACUGCAAACGAUAUACAUAUUUACUUACGAAUUGGAUCUUGAUAUUAGACACUUUGUUGUUCCCUUGAAGUAAAAAUAUCCACAGGUUUGUCUGUACAAUCUAGCUAUUUUGAACGUUUUUGACUUCAGGUAGAUUAUGAAUAAGCAUUCAUAAACACGCUUGAUUUUCUAAUAUUGUCUGUAAAUGAAAAUUUUUUAUUUUAAAAGAAAAUAAACAGUAUUCUGAGAAAAAGUUUAAAAAAACGUCGCGUGUACGUCUUACUGGAAAAAUAAUAUAUUUGUUUUAAUUUUCGAUUUUUAUUCAAAUCUAAUUUUCUAUAAAAAGAAUGUAAAGUUGUAUCACAUAUAAAAAGGUAUAGAUACCGUAAUGUAAAGGUCGAUGAUUCUUUGCCUUACAUCUCCGGUUUCGUUUCUCUUAUACCAUCCAUCCAGAUAUUCCUAUAUCCAUAAUUACAUAUUUCUUGAAAACUGGAUUUAUCUGUAAGUUUAUAACUUUUCGUUAUACAACAUUUUCCAUCAAUUGGUUUGUCCUGUAUAGCUGAACUGGCUGCACUGGCGUCCAGUUCAGAGUUGAUCUUUUCCUGUCGUCUAAUAAUGGAGGGAAAACGUGAAUUUUGAACUAAUGCAGGCAGUUCACUUGUAAAGUACAGACUGAGCGUGCCAGUACAUGAAACGCGGAAAUUCGAAAACAUGGAAGAUAAAAUGUUAAACAAGACAAAACAUGGAAGAAAAAAUGUUAAAUAAGACUCUGUUAAACAAGAUCCAUUGCCGAGAACGAUUUGGCUCAGGCGCAUAAAGAAUUGGAAAAUAUAUUAUAUAUUACAUGGUUUUCAGUAAAAUGUUGUCGUAUCUUAUUAAAAUAUAAUAUUUACAAAAAUUUUUAUUUCAAAUAAAUGGUU